AUGACCUCUUCGACUCCUUCCAGCGACCUCCGCCGCCCUCAGCGCUUCAUUACAGACCACACCCCCGACGGCAAAGCCAUCUUCAACACCACUCUCCCCACCGAGAUCCCUCAACAGACUGUCGGAGGUGACGUAAAGUUCUACCUCGGCUACACCACCGAACAGACACCUGUCUCCCUCACCGGCAACAAGGAUGUCGAGUCCUACGCCGCGCGCCUCGCGAACCCGCCGGGCAUCGUGAUCCCUGGCGGCAGCGUCGUGCGCAUCGUCGAUAUGCCGCCGAGCUCCUUGUCACCCAUGCACCGCACCGUGAGCCUUGACUACGGGGUUGUGCUCGAGGGGGAGGUCGAUCUCGUGCUUGAUUCCGGGGAGACGAGGAGGAUGCGGAGGGGGGAUGUGAGCGUGCAGAGGGGCACGAUGCAUGCGUGGAAGAAUGUAAGCGAGACGCAGUGGUCGAGGAUGCUGUACGUGCUACAAGAGAGCAAGCCGCUCGAGGUCGCUGGUCAGGUUUUGAAGGAAGAUUAUGGCGUGGGGAUGGGUGAUGUGAAGCCGUCCACGAAAUGA